AUGGAUAGCGAAUCAGGAUCAAAGCUGGGUAUUUACCCUGUCUCUUCUAUUCGUCAGCUGGCAAAUGAUAUCCUCGAUCAAUGUUCAUUGAUGGAAAAGGAGUGCCAGAGAACAGAAACUACGCUACCUACUCUAGAUGCAGGAGCGGAUACCAGCUUCUGGAUGGAUACUUCAGCCGACCUGGCGAAAUCACGAACGCAGACACUUGGCCUGCUGGAACGACUCACGACUCUCCUCCAAGGGCCCCAUGACUAUCUCCACGAGUUCGUCGCUCCGAACUGGGACCACGGGGCACUUUAUGCAUUCCUUCAGCUAGGAGUGUUGGAGCAUAUAGCGAGUUCUGGGGGACAAGCUACCCUUCUUGACUUAUCACGGAAAUCCGGUGUCCCGGAGGACAAGCUGUACCGGAUUAUGGGACUGUUGCGCUGCAAGAAUAUAGUUUGUAUGCCGAGUGAUGAUGUGUUUGCACUCACAGCUAUGUCCGAGGAUUUACUUCACGACCCAGACUUCAGAGCAUGGGUAGAAUUCCAGUUGUUUGAAACACGCGUUGCCAGUGCUCACCUGGCUGACGCGCUCGCUACAACCCCGAACGAUUAUAGCAACGGCAUCUCGGGGUUUAAAGCUGGAUGGGGCGUGGAGAUGUAUGACUGGCACGCCACCCACCCUGAAAAAGGUGAACGGUUCCGCCGAGCUAUGAAAGGUGUAUCCAAGUCUCUUGAUCCUGCAAACUCCCUGCUUUUAGAGUGGUUUACGCGAGGCACACUCUCUAAAGAUUCAAAGGUCGUUGAAAUUGGUGGAAUGUAUGGCUUCGCAUCGGUGACGCUUGCACCGCAAGCGCCUGAUCUGUCGUUCGAAAUACGAUGCGAUUCGGAGGCCUUCCUGUCACGGGGUAAAGCACUACUGGCACCAGGAUCAAACGCCCGCGUUAGCUUCACUCAUGUCGACUCACUGUUGUAUCCGCCAAAUAUAGGUGAUGCGAGCCCUGUAUCGGUCUUCCUCAUCCGGAACCUUCUGUGGAAUUGGGCAGAUGACGAUGCCGUUCGGCUGCUUCGGUCGUUCCUCCCGACGCUGAAAAGCAGUUUAUCCGCGCGAAUUUUGGUAACAGACGGGGUGUCCCCUUUACCGAAUGAGUUCCCCCCGCACGUGGAAAUUGCAUACCGUCGUCGGGAUAUUACAACGAUGACAAUGCAUAAUGUGAAGCAGAGAACGCAGGUGGAGUGGUUAGAACUAUUUGGUCAAGUUGAUCAUCGUAUGAAGGUGGGUUGCUACACAUUAAGAUGUUGGCGGUAUUUCUAA